AUGCCCGAACUUGCAAAACAAUUAAGACAGGCGAUUAAAGAUUUUGGAGACGAGCAGCAGUCAUGGUCGAAGCUGCAGAAGCUGCGAAAAGCAAUCGCAACGCCCACCGGAACAUGGCCAUCGGAAAACCAUGAUGAUCGCAUCCAAUCUACACCGAGCCCGGAUAUAGUGAUAAUUGAUGACGAGGAAUUGGAGCCCAACAACACACUUUUAAAGAAAUUCAAAGGAAGACGAGAGAGACGGUUGAAGCGUGUGGAACAGUCAGGUGAAACAUAUCUUGAUUGUGAAAUUCUUUCAACUUUCGUGUUACCUUUGGGUAGGAAAAAAUUACCUUUGCAUCUAGAAAUAAUAGUGUUGGACCCACCUAUUGACAUGGUUCUUCGUAAUAAGAAGAGCAUAGCUCCUCCUAAGAAGAAUAAACCUGACACGGUCUUAUUAGAAGAAGCUAAUUUGCAAGAAUGUCUUGAGGAUGUCUCGAAUGAAGCAGCACCGUUAUCAAGAGAACGGAGUUUGCUUAACGUGGAUUCACGUGAACCAGAUGCCAUAAAGCAUGGUAAAGAAGUUGAUCUUUUCGUAACAGUUCGUCUGGAUCCAAAAACUCUGAAGCCAGGUCGUUUUAUGACGAUACGUCAGCUUGCUGUGGUAAAGGUGUUCUCUUUAAAGCCGAACGUUGGUCUAGAGGAGGACCUCAGUACGGAUCCUAGUUUUAUACCAGUGAAGUGUAUUUUCGAGAAAGGAAGACCUCGCUGUGCAUACAUUAAUUUGACGGAGCCCAUUUACGACGCUAAAAAUCGUAUGAGGGCCCAAUUGAAGCUGACUGAUACGAUAAGUAAAUUGAUUUUUGAUAAUGAAGUUAUAAGUGAUGGAGAAACACCACAGUCUAUAGGCAUCGAAGCGGACGAUAUCAUAGAAGUCCACUUUUCGUUGUGA